AUGGAACAAAUAGUCAAGAUUUUUGUACAUCAAAGUUACUUCAUAGACAAUGAUUUAGUGGUUGACUAUAAUGUGGAACAAGAAGCUCUUAUAAAUGUAUCCCCUAAAGAUUGGAUAGCAUUAAUACCUAAAGGGUGGUCUGGAGUAGAUGAACAAGUUGCUUUUAAAACUAUUGAUAGUGAUUGCGAUGUAGCAAAUUUAGCAAUUAAAUCAGUUAUCAUGGAGAAAAAGUGUUUCCAAGGUGUCGUUGAGUGUGAGAAACAUUAUCAAUUAAUGUAUAUUAGCCAACAUUUAGAGAUAUUAGGUAGAAGUGAAUACUUUAUAUUUCUUCAUCAAUCUGGAACUUGCAACUGUAUUCAUUCAUCAAUACAAAAUGAAACUAAAGAAAAUUCCAAGCAAAGUCAAUUAUCUUCAGCCUCUAGCCGCAACAAACCACUACGUAGACAAUCACCAACACCACGUGCAUUUUAUAAAAACCGACCUCAAUCUCAAAAUAGUGUAGCAAAAAGUGAAAAAUUAAAACCUAAACAAUGGUCAACAAAUAAAUGUCAUAAAUGCAAUGCAUCAACCAACUUUUCAGCACUUGAAAGUGCAUACCUUGCAAAAAUUCAAGAUUUAACAACAAAUAAUGAAGUGAUGGAACAACGUUUACUGGCAUUCGAAAAAGAUUUGGUUGAUACAUUAGAAGUAAUUAAUAAACAAUUCAAAUUAAGUACAGCCAUUUCACAACAAAAGCAAAAUAUUCAAAAAUUCAUUGAUGAUUUAGUUGAUGGCUUAGUUAAUGACGGCAGGAUAACAUUUUGGGCUCAUGAUCAAGAGUUUUCAGUUGUUAGAGAAUUCCCGGAAAAAAACCAAAUCUCUCCUCUACCAGAUGAAUGCCCAUUGUCCAUUAAUAAGUCGCUAAAUAUGUCCAAAGAAGUUUACAUGAAAGCUAUUAUUGGUCAACAAGAGGAUACUAUUCAAAAUCUCGUCGAUAAAAUAAAGGAAUUGUUUGAUCUUUUUCUCAAAGUAAACUCCCAGGCAAAUGAACAAAAUAAGUCAGACACAACUUCAUCUGAAAAUAAAAUAAAUGUAGGUUAUAUGGAUAGUUCAGGCACUACAUAUUUCUCUCCUCCAUCAUAUAUUACUAAUACUUUGAACGAUAUAAAUUUGUAUUUGGCCAAUACUGUCAAUUAUAAUAAUAAAAUUGAAAAAAUGGAGAUGAAUGAAAAUGUUUGUAACUGGACAAACAACACAUUUUCUGGUACUGAAUUUCCUACAACUCUGGAAUCAAAUGUAACCCCUACAUUAAGUAAUGAAGAUAAAGACAAAAUAUUGACCUUAGAAGAUUGGAAAAAAGAAAAAACAGAAUUUACAUUGUUUACUCCAUCACCUGAAAACUGUAGCAAUGAAAAAACAAACGGAUUGAAUAUUAAACAAUAA